CCAGUCCUACGUUGGGCCAGAAGUUUAAUUUUGCUACCUGGGUAUAAAGCUGCAAGUCCAGUGUGAAGGUUUAUCAGAUUCCCAGACAUGUAUUCCUGUGUUACUGAAUGAUGUAGAAAAAUUGAGCCAAAAUGUUAUUUUUUUCUUCUCUAUAGUGAAUUAGUUUUUCUUCUGGGAUCUUCACUGCGACCAAAGUGACCUGAGGCGAGUCCCAGUCACUGAUUGUGUGAUCAGCUGCUGCCUAAGUCUGAGUCUAAAUUUUAACAUUGGAUAGCUAUGGCAAUGGCUGCAGCCUUUCUGUCUGAAGACCAGUUCAGCUGCUCCAUCUGUCUGGAGGUGUUCAACAACCCGGUGUCAACGCCAUGCGGCCACAGCUUCUGCCAGACCUGCAUCUCCUCCUACUGGGACAGAGGGGUCGGGGGUGCAAAGUUCUACCAGUGCCCCCUGUGUAAGGAGUCCUUCCACCAUCGCCCCGAGCUCCACAUCAACCGAACCCUGAAGGAAAUCACUGAGCAGUUCAAGCAGAUGGCCGACUCUGGAGCGCCAACAGACAGAAGAGAGGGAGGAGGAGCAGAGGAUCAUCAUCACCCAGCUCUAUCUCCACCCUCGAAGCCAGGAGAGAUGCCGGAGAGCGUGUUUGCUGAGAUGAUGACCCGUUUUCAGCAGCUCUCGACUCCCGGGACGCCUCACACCACACUUCCCCAUCCCAAUGAUGCUCAUCCCCGAAACUCCAGCCGAGUCAACGCACGCCAGGCCCUUCAGGCUCAGAACAGUUUGCACCAUGACCCACCUCCACCAUAUUCACCUCCCCGCAGGUAUUCUGUGAGCAGCUCAAGUGAAGCCUCCCUCAGUCUGCCUCUGUGCCCCGCCCACCUGAGAGGUCUGGAGUUCUUCUGUCGGACUGACAACACCUGUGUGUGCAGCACCUGUGUGGAGACCGUCGAGCACCAAGGGCACAUCGUCAUCCCUGCCAUGAGGGAGUGGCACAUCAGGAAGUCCCAGUUGGGUAUUGCAGAAGUGGAGCUGAAGGAGCUCAUCUGUGAGAAAGAGAGGAAGGUGGAGGAAAUACACAACUCCUUAAGAGAGAUACAGGCUGCUGCUGAGAGAGAGACAGGUGGGGCACUUUGUGCAUUUUCCAAACUGAUCUCCAGUGUGGAGCGCUGCCAAGCUGAGAUCUUGGAGGUGAUAGAGAUGAGUCGUCGAGCGGCUGAGCAGAGAGCUCAGAGCCUGCUGAGGGAGCUGGAGGAGGAGGUAGCUGAUCUAAGAAAGAGGGGUACAACACUGAGCCAGCUGGCUGUAUCUGACGACUACAUACUCUUUCUCAAGACGUACCCUGCCCUGUCCACCCCCCCACCAGCUAAGGACUGGUCCUGUGUGUCUGUGUCUUCUGAGCUGACCUCAGGGGUGAUUCUCAGGACCGUCAGUCCAAUGAUGGAGCGCUUUGAGGAAGAGCUGCGGAAACUGCCAGAAGUCUGCCAGCGAUCCUUGGAGGACCAGUCUGUACCAAGACCCAAUCUAAAGACCAGGAGGGUUCAAGAAUAUGCAGCCGACAUCACUUUAGACGCCGGCACAGCCCACCCACGUCUCAUCAUCUCAGCAGAUGCAAAGCAGGUGCACUGCGGUGAGCGCCAUCAGCUCGUACCGGACAACCCUGAGCGCUUUGACCGGGUGGUGUGUGUGCUGGCCCACCAGGGCUUCAACUCAGGACGACAUUACUGGGAGGUGAUGGUGGGAGGAAAGACAGACUGGGACCUGGGAGUGGCAUGCCGGUCUGUCAAUCGGAAGGGCAAAAUCACAGUAAGCCCCGCCCAUGGUUACUGGUUCCUCAGCCUGCGUGAUCGGAACGACUACGCCUUUCGAACAGAACCCUCGACCAGCCUGGCAGUCAACAUCAGACCCUCACGGAUCGGAGUCUACGUGGACUGUGAUAAGGGAGUGGUGUCCUUCUACGAUGUGGAGGCCAGAGUGCUCAUCUAUACAUUCACAUACAGCUUUCCUGACACCAUCCAUCCAUUCUUCAGCCCCUGCACUAAUAAAUCAGGAAGAAACGAGGCUCCACUAAUCAUUUGCCCUACAGAAUGAAAUGGGCUGACAUUUUAAGGAAAUUUUACUUUUUAGUUUUUGUCUACACAUGCUUCCAUGUAUGUUUGAAGAAGACUGGGACAAUCACAGCUGCACCUCAUUCUUCAUGACAUUAGAGUAGAUAAUGAGCAGGCCAUCAGUUAACUUUCAGGUCCCAUAUUUUACACUUUUCCAGUCUUUUAUUUGAAGUGUUGAUCCUCAAGAAGAUCUGUUUGUGAUUUUAAGGACCAAAAAACUAACUCAGUGUAGUUUUACAUCUCCUCUCUCAGGUGUCUGUCUGGUGCUCUGUCAAGAACAGGUUGUUUUGUGUCGGUCUCUGAGCCUCCCUUCUGAUUGGCUGAUUGUUUUCUGAGUGACGCAGGGCCAGCCAACCGCAGGUAACAGAUUGUAGCCUAGUACUACUGUAGCUUGGUUAAACUCAUAGGUAAAUGCAAAUGGCAAUGGUCAGUCAGAUGAAAAUGAGCCAAACAGCCCAACUAUCCUUGGGAAGGCUGUGCGCUGACAUAUUGGCUUUGUUUAAUCCAAAUUCCUCAACAUUUUUCUUGCUAGCUCAGUGGCAGAAUGACUUCUUAGUGUUUUGUUGUCAAUCAAGGUAAAACAACAGCUAAGGUUGGACGGUGUGUUACCAAAAUCCUAGCAGCUGGUUGUAAGGCUCAGUUUCUGAAUACAGGCUGUGUGCAUUCCUCUGUGGACUGAGCACUUUUAUACUUUCACAGUAUUAAUAUAGAACCUAGACCUGAUCUAUAAUCAAACAACACAUUUAUUUAUAUAAUAUUGGACCUUAAAAUUACUCCCUGAUGUGAACACUAUCAGACUGAAGUCAGCAGUAGCCAAUAUUUGUCUUCUAAUAUUCAGUGCUG